GAGUGCGGUACGGGAGUGUGCGCGCUCAAAGCGGACAGAGCGAGGAGAAGCUCCUCACACACACACACCUCGCACACUCCUCGCACGUAGUAGCGCAGUGGGAAGGCAGGUGACUGAAGCGCACAGAUCUCGACGAGGGACGCGUCGCGCGGAUGCCCGCGAGCGGACGUGUGCCGGUACCCUUGGAGACUCGCGGGAGGAGCACGUGACCCGCGCUCUCGCGGAGGCGCUCGGGGAGGAGAGGCGAGGCGAGGCGAGGCGAGGAGGAGGAGGGCAGCGCGAGACGCGCGGCGCGCCACACCGGUGUUCCCGCGGAGGGACACUGCUUCCCCGCUCGUCUCGCGCGUGCCCGGCCGUCCGCUCCGUCUCGCGUGCCAGACACAGGCGCGAGCGAGCAGGCCGGGAUACAAAAGUUGAGGAACUUUUUGCACAUCCUCGCGCACGCCAUCUUGACUCCUCUCCGGAACAAGUUUGCGGGCUUUUUUUUCCCCCCUUCUCCUUCUCCUCCCCUCAGUUCCGUCGUCAGCAGCGCUCAUCGCCAUCCCCAGCGGACACCACCUCCAUCAUCAUCAUCCUCCUCAUCGUCGUCAUCAUCCUCCUCAUCGUCGUCGUCGUCCUCGUCACGAUAGCUGAGCGCGAGCGGGCGACAGAGUGUAGCAAAUGGAGAAGCUCGGAGGAGAGGCGCAGCUGGAGGAAGCGGACAAGGAGUCUGCAAAGGACCGAGAGAUCAUCACUUCUUUGUCGGUGGACCGCAUAGGGAAAAAUGGAGAUGCCAAAGAGGAACGUGGAGACCGAGAGGAGGAGGAGGGCAAAGUGGACACUGCUGACCUGUCUUCCAUUAAUACCAUAAUGUCGACCGUGAUGAACGCGGGCCACCUCGACCAGGGCCCCCCCUCCACCACAAAUGCCAAGGCAGCAGCCAGAAGUGCCGGACGGAGGAACCAGUCACCUAACCAGCCUGAAGCCAAAGAGCAGCAGUGGACGUUCACUUGCCCCCUGUGUGAGAAAAACUGCCAGACGCAGCACCAGCUCACCAUGCACAUCCGCCAGCACAACCUUGACAACGGAACGACCGACCACUCGUGCAGCAUCUGCGGCAAAUCCCUGAGCUCGGCAAGUUCUCUGGACCGACACAUGCUGGUGCACAGCGGCGAGAGGCCGUACCGGUGCUCCGUGUGCAGCCAGACGUUCACCACCAACGGUAACAUGCACAGACACAUGAAGAUCCACGACAAGGACCUGAGCGGUGCCUCAUCCAGCCCACCCUCCCCCACCAAGCGCAGGCGCUCUUCCACCAAGAGGAAGUCCAGCUUGGAGGCCGACGGGGAGCGAAGAGACGAGCCGCCCUGCAAGAAGAUGGAAGAAGCAUCAGCAGACCAGCAGGACUCAACCAGAAGCAAUGAUGCUCAGCUGCCCUGCCCCAUCUGUUUCAGGACCUUUGCCUGCAAGUACAACCUGGAAGCCCACAUGGAGACACACCCUGAUGCCAGCUUUAGGUGCGAUCUGUGCUGCGUCACUUUCCGCACACAUCGUGGCCUGUUGCGCCACAACGCCUCCAUUCACAAGGUGCUGCCUACAGACCGUGCAGGGAACCCCUUCAUCCAGAACAACCCCUCUAUCCCCCUGGGCUUCAGUGAACUGGCCUUCAUCGACUUCUCCUGCCACAAAUUCCCUCAAAUUGCCCAGGUCUGGUGCGAAACGAACCUUCGGCGGUGCUCUGGCAAAUUUCACCGGUUUGUCUGCGAGGUCUGCAACAAAGCCUUCCCCUUGCAGACGGCUCUCAACUUGCACAUGACCACACACGGCGACCCCAAGGAGCCAGAACCCAAGGACUCCGUGAACCAGCUCAGCCAAGAUUCAUCUGCGGACACAGAGAAGCUGGGCUUCAUGGCAUCCCUGGGUUUGCAGCCAGUAUCUCUGAUGAAGCCCGUCCCCUCAGAGGACGAGGUCUGGCAGGCGCAAAUGGAAAGAAUCCGGGUCAUUCGUGUCCAGCCAACCAAAUCGGACCUACCUCAGGAAGCCUGCCUGCCUCAGCUGGAUCCAGCCUCACAGCACAAGCUGUCUGUGCAACCCUUCCAGAAAGGCCCAAUUCUUCAACCAGACAGUGGCCUUGUUGUCAACCCCAUCUGCAGUGAGGGUGGCAUGGAGCUAGCAGACAUUCAACAGAUCCUUAAGGUGGCAUCCAACCAAAUCACCCUGUCACCCUCUGCCAAGGGACACUGUAAUGUUGCAAAUUCUGGUCAUAAGCAGAUGCCACAGCUCAAGCCAAAGCCCCUGGUGGCUCCCCGUAAUAGCAUGGCAGCCUCUACUCCACCUCCACUUACAAGUGGCCACCAAGCAUUGCCAGGUUCUAUAAGUCCCAACUUGCCUCCCAUUGCCAGUCAUUUAGUGAAGAAUCCAGGGGAUUCUUCUCCCACCACCUCUUCCAGCAACAGCACUUCCAUGGAGACAGUGCAGAUGGAGGCAGAUUGCAUGGGGGAUGCAUUGACUCCCAUGGAUGCAGACCAGAUUAAGCAGGAGGAAGAGGAGGGCAGGGAGGCUGGCAGCACUGGAACUCCCAAGGUAGGGGAGCGAAAGACCACAUACCCCUGUCGUUUCUGCAGUCAGUCCUUUGCCUUACCCGGGGUCCUGCAGGCCCACGUGCGUUAUCAUCUGGGCAUUGCAGCUCACCGGUGUAACAUCUGCAACUACGUGGCACCCGAAAAAGCUACGCUGAUCCGGCACCUGCGCACGCACAGCGGCGAACGGCCAUACAUCUGCCGUACGUGCAGCUGUCCAUUCACUGUCAAGGCCAACUGCGAGGGCCAUCUUGGCAAAAAGCACAUGACGAACUCGAGAACUGACAGCGAGAAGAACAUUGAGUACGUGUCUGCUGGAACGGAGAACGCUGUUGAUCCGCCGGACUGCGGUUCCAGUGGGACUCUGUACCAAUGUUAUGGGGAGGACUUGAAGAAAUACCAAGCUUCGCAGGUUCAUCUGCAUAGCCACAACGGCUGUCUGCACAAGGUCUAUGAAUGCCGCCAGUGCGGGACACUCUUCAUAGCCAAGAGUGCCUGUAUCCAGCACCUGCUGGAGAAACACACUGAAGUUCAGGAGCGGGAAAUUGAAGAGCACAUCACCACCAUUCUUGUAGGCACAGCCUCUCAGCCCAGUGGGCUUCCCCAAAAUGGGCUGGUUUCCAGCCAUUGCCCUGAUCUCAUCAAGGUGGAGGAGCGAUGCGCUAGUGACCCGGAUGAGCCUCUCGAUUUCUCUCACAAAAGCCGAGGUGUCAGCAAGUCUCAAAGCUUGGAUGGCAUCGAGGGGAUUAAACCCGAGGGCCUCCAUUCUCCUCAGCUUUUGAAUAACUGCUCUGUUCAACCCAUUGACCUUUCGGUCUCCAAGAGCCCAGUGGGGAAUGUGAAGCAAAGCAGUGACACCGUGUCUCUGGGCCCAGCCACCAACGAGAUAAAGAAGGAACCUGCCUUUUCCAGAAAUGUUAACGUUCUCCGUAAACAGGAACUUCAAGGCAAGUGUGAGGCCGGUAAGCCAGCAGAAGAGAACUUGUGUCGGUCGACUCCUUGCCAUCGAUCACUUUCUGCGACCUCCCCGCUCAACGGUAUCCCUGCUGGCACUGCCCGAGCCACGAGGCUAAAGCCACUGUUGCCCAAGCCAGAUUUAUCCUCGCUCAAGGAGUUGCCUCCACUGGCCUCCAUAGCACAGAUUAUCUCCUCAGUAUCUGCUGCCUCCGACCUGCUGAAGAGGGACAGCAUUGUCAACAGCCUUGGCAAAAUGACAGCCUCCAUAGGUCUCCAAGCAGACUCGGAUAAAGCUGGCACACAGCCUCUCGUAGUUGAGAGCAACCAUGAACCCUCCAAAGAGUCUACCACAGACAAGUCCAAUAAGAGAGGAAGGAAGAAGUCCAACCGCAGCAAAGAGAGACCCAACAAUAAUCUGACUAAUUCAAGCAGUAGGAUUGACCUUGAGUCCAGUGGAGAGUUUGCCAGCGUGGAGAAGAUGCUGGCCACAACCGCCGCCAACAAGUUCAGCCCAUACCUGUCUGAUCCAAUGGUGCUGGCAAAGGAGGAAGCGAAGGAGGACCAGGACAAUAGGCAGCAGAACCGGCACCAGGUGCAGCAACCCAAGGGGAAGAAAAACGCCUAUUCAAACUCUGUCCAGAAGAUGAACUGUCCGUUCUGUCCACGAGUCUUCCCUUGGGCCAGUUCCCUGCAGAGACACAUGCUCACACAUACAGGUCAGAAGCCGUACCCUUGCCCCAACUGCGAUGCCGUUUUUUCCACCAAGUCUAACUGUGAGCGACACCUUUUGCGCAAGCAUGGUGUGGCCAAUCGUGCCAUGCGACGCAAUGGUGCUAUAACCAAGCCCAAGGAUGCAGACGAGGGGUCGCCAGAGAGUGCAGAGAGCAUGUCGGAGUCGGAGCUCCCUCCAGCAGAGCCUGCGGACCUUGUCGGUGCCGAAUCUGCAAAGGAGACAGCGGACCCUCCGGAGCCUUUCCCCGAGGAGGUGAAGUUGCCCGAAACCAAGCAGCUCCCUCAGAACGGGGAGACGGAGGAUGGUCACAGCCAGGAAGGGGCAGAGUCUGCCGACAGCAACGUGAUGGACGACGAUUCGCAGAGCAACCAGAGCCUGGACCUGGACUUCGCCAGCAAGCUCAUUGACUUCCGGUUCUCCGAGAGCAACCAGCAGCAAUCGCCAGCGCAGGGGAGUGUGGCGCCAGAAGAGCCCAAGCACUCCUGCAGGAGCUGCAAGAAGAGCUUUCGCUUCGCCGCCACGCUGGCCCGCCAUGAGAUGGUGCACGUCCACGAGAGCCACGCGGAGGCGGGAAGGAGCGCUAGGUUCCAGACGCCCGAGGAUAGCCACAACGCCAACUCUCCACCAGAAGAGAGGCCAGGGGAAGAAGAGAGGUCGCACGAGAGGAACACGGGUUGCGAGGCCAUGGGCAGCGGGGCUGACAGCGGCUCCGAGGAGGAAGAGAGGGAGCAAGAAGGCAAGAGCGACGAGGACAGCAGGGCCACGGAGCCCAGGAGCAGCGAGGCGGGGCGAGGCCCAGCCGCCGGGAACAAGGCCGAUAAAAGGAAGAAGAUCUGCAGCAUGUGCGGCAAGCGCUUCUGGUCCCUGCAGGACUUGACCCGACACACACGCUCUCACACAGGUGAGAAGCCUUACAAGUGCCAGACGUGCGAACGCACUUUCACCCUCAAGCACAGCCUGGUGCGGCACCAGCGCAUCCAUCAGAAGCCGCGAGACGGUGACAGCGAAGGUGUCCGGCCACACGGCGAUCCUGACGAGGAGGGGGCCAGGGGCCACUCAAGCAGCGAGAGUGAGUCAGCGGUGUGUGGCGCAGGGCCUGCCACCAAAAAUGAAAGAGAGGCAGCGAGGGACGGCGGAGAGGGGUCGCUGGCCACAGUACACGUUGGCGAGGGGCAAAGGGUUGAGCCUCCUGCCGAGCUUCCACCGGAACCAACCGGAAGCAGCGUGCAGGAUUCCCCUGGAAAAUACAUCCCUUCAGUGGAACCUGUCCUGGCCACUAGCGAGGCCCCUCUGGUGGGGGCUGAGUGACGGUUAAAGAGAGAGACCCUGUGCCUUGGUGCCAAACGAGACAUCAAUAAUGCAGCCAUUGAACCCGAGGAAGUGAGCAGCACCUUCUCGGUCCCGAGUGCCUUACUACUUACUUUAUACCAGGCAGAUUCCGUAUUUUUUAAAACACACUUAAGAUUAUCCUUUGGCCUACGAAAAACGUGAGCAUUAAACAGAAUUUAUUUACUUGUAAGAACCGAGAGAGGAAAGUGAAAAGGAGCAUAUAGUUGUAUUUGUACAGGCUGUAAAAGAAGAUUGAGGAGACGGGCGGAAGCACGAAACCACAUUCAGGUGUUACUUAACUGGAAAGCAAUACAGAUGUUCAUUACUGAGGUGUUUAAAACAGGGUACUCGUGUCCACCUGUUUGCACAAUGAACUGAGCUCCGGGCUCCAUUUGCGAAGGGCGGACCGUAAAGCAAUAAUCAGCAUUCGCCACAUAAAAACCUUCACUUUUUUAAACCAUGAUCUGCAGUUUUUGUUUUUUUAAACCCUCUUGGGCAGAAUUUUGCCGCGUCUGGCUUUUUCUCAUUUGUUACCAGUCCCUGCAGACAGUCUCCCCGCAGAGGCGACGAGCGGAAGUCAACAUUUUCCGAAGCCGAGAGACACGAUAGGCCCGGCGGACAGUCGGACGUCCUGGUGCCGACAGCGUGGGCUACAAUCUACCUGGCUCAAAACUACCUGCUUCCUCACUGAUGGAUGUCUUCCAAACACUGUGUCUGAAGCCUCGCCAGAUGGGUGUGGCGCUUACGAGUUUUGCGUUUUCCCUUCUCAUAUAUAAUGUAGAAAAAAUAUACUUUUUUUUGUGUGUGUGUGUGUAUGU